GUCAUCUCAUCCUUAUUCAAUACUUAGCUUGAAGUGAUCCACCAAGUGCUUCGUUUUGUUACGCCAGUAAAUUCUAGCUUCUAGCUACUUUCGAGCUUCAACUCCGUGAGCUUAAACUCUUCCGAGUCGGAAUGUCGAGGCAGUUGUACCCUGAGUGUGGGCACAGCAGGGACAAAGGGGACAGGCAUCAUCAGUGCAUCGUGUGCCUCGGCAGAGAGCACGCCGAGGCAGCACUGAGUGUCGGAAUUCCCUCCUGCGACUUCUGUGCCGGAAUGACACUCGCAAAGGUGGCAAAACGCCUUGCGUACUGGGACCGCAGGGAUGCAGGAGAGCCGUCGCCUGUUCACACUGGGCAGACUCUCCCAGCUGAGCAGUGCUCACCGUCGGCAGCAGGCAGCGGGGAGUCCGGUAGCCACAUUACUGCCGCAGCCGCCCCCGCUGCCCCCUCCCCCACUUCUCCACCCUCCCUGGAGCUACCGCACUGCCAUUCCGAUCAGCCCGUUCCGGAUUUGGAUUCCGGGCUGCAGACGGAGAGCCUGCAGGUUUUCAGCACGAGGGACGUGUCAGAGGACGACGUGUCAGAGGACGACACUGAACUGUACAUGGCUGAUGAACUGCGGGCACCCUCUCCCCCGGUGUCAUCCAGGACCCUGGGCCAUCAGCUACAUGAAGUAGCAUUGAGGGCAGCUGACCGGCUAGGUCUCCCCCUCCCUGCCCCACCCAUCACAGAGACCUCGUUGCUGGAUGGGGAGUUUUACAGUGGCCCUCCUGUAUCAGCCCCCAGCCCUAUCCCUUUCUUCCCUGAGGUGCAUAGGGAACUGAUGAAGACAUGGGCCAGCCCCUACUCAGCUCGUGCCCCAGUCCCUGGGUUUGCAUCCUACCUUAACCUAGACCAGGCCAAGGAGAGUGGCUACCUCUCCUUUCCACAGGUGGAGGACGCUGUGGCAGGGUAUCUCUCACCCACAAUGCGCCUGGGCCAGAAACCACUCCUCCCUACCCGGGUGGCCAGACACCAGGCGGGCCUGGCGGAGAAGUCAUACCUGGCAGCUGGACAGGCCGCAUGUUCCAGUAACACUGCAGCACUGUUGCAGAGAUACCAGGCGAAGCUGCUGACCGAGCUGUCGUCCUCCCUGGGCAGUGAUAACGAGCUGGUGGUGGAGCUGCGCCGGGCAACGGACCUCUCGCUCCGUCUCACCCGCUGCACCUCCCAGGCUCUGGGACGGGUCAUGGGUGCGGCUGUGGCAACACAGCGCUCCCUGUGGCUUUCUGAGGCUCAGCUGUCGGACCGGGAGAAGGCCCCACUCCUGGAUGCUCCAGUCAGCACGACGGGGGUGUUUGGGGAUGUGGUCGGCACCAUGACUGCUAAGUUUGGCGAGCGCCGGGCUCCUUCCGGUCCAGCACCAACGGCGGGGAAGAAGCGAAGCGGUUUUCGCUCCCCAGCACCCCCAGCGAAGUUUCAGGCGCGCCGGGGUCGGAAGAGGCACCCCUUCCAACCUCCCACACAACCCCAGCCACAACAUGCAGUGGCCCACCCGCCACAGAGUGUGCCCUACGCCCCGCGCCAGCAUGAUGCCCGCCGCGGGCAGGGGCUGGACAGGUUCCAGCGAACACAUCCACCACAGCACCCAUACACCCACAUUUAUCCAAGCAGCGUGAUGGGGUACCCUCAUACUCGAUGAUGCCAACUCGUACGAAUUGAUCUGUACUAAUUAAAAAAUGUGUUGGAAAUACGG